AUGACCACUCCCGGCUCUCCAGCAGUGCCAAUUGCUUCUGACGAUAAGAGCACCAAGAGGCUCAUUGUUGUGCUCGCUCAGGCAUGCUUGGAAACCCAUAAAAUUUCCACCGGUGGCGCCAAUGGCGGCGAAAAGUAUGUUCUUCUUAACUCGGACGAUCAUAUUGGUGUCCUCAAGAAAAUGGGCCGGGACAUCAGUGAUGCCCGUCCAGAUAUUCUCCACCAGUGUCUCCUAACCCUCCUCGACUCCCCUAUCAACAAAGCUGGCAAGCUACAAGUCUACAUUCAAUCCUCUAAGGGCGUCCUCAUUGAGGUCAAUCCCGCUGUACGCAUCCCGCGUACCUUCAAGCGUUUCGCGGGUCUCAUGGUACAGCUACUCCAUAAGCUUUCAAUUCGCUCUACGAGCUCUUCGGAAAAGCUACUCAAGGUUAUCAAAAACCCUGUCUCACAGUAUCUCCCUCCUAAUUGCCGAAAGGUCACCCUAUCUUGGGAGGCUCCGGUCAUGAACGUGAGGGAGUAUAUUGGUGGGUUGGGUGAAGAGGAGAGUAUCUGUGUAGUUGUUGGAGCCAUGGCGAAGGGUAAGGAUGACUUUGCAGAUGGCUGGGUGGAUGAGAAGAUUGGUGUGAGUAACUACUCGCUCUCGGCAAGUGUAGCUUGCAGUAAGUUUUGCCAUGCAGCGGAAGACUGUUGGAAUAUCCAGUAA